AUGCCUGGUCCGCCCAUGCCUGGUCCGCCUGUGCCUCCUCCGACCAUGGCUCCCCCACCCGUGCCUGGUCCGCCCAUGCCUGGUCCGGCCAUGCCCGCUCCGCCCAUGCCUCCUCCGCCCAUUCCUCCUCCGCCCGUGCCUCCUCCCGUGCCUCUUCCCCCCGUGCCUCCUCCGUUGAUGUCUCCUCUGCCUGUGCUACGCAGUUGUGCAGCUUGCUGUCGAUCUGCCUCUGCGACCAGCCACUUCAGGUGGCGUUGUUUCUUCGUCGUCAUCUCGCUUGGCCUUCCAUAUUACGACCUCCCCCACGGCCACCGACCAGCUGACCCACCCCUUUUCUUGAACGCCAUCACAUUAUCUCGCGCCGUCGCCAUUGAAGUUGUAAUGUUGUUUGCCAAAAGUCAUGCUGGCGUUCCGCAAUAUGACUUGAGGGCAUGGGGCAGAGGACAUCGUGAAGGUGGUGAAGACGGUGGAGAAAUGGAGGCUGCAGAUACGUUGUCUCGGUCUCACACCGACAACACGUCAUGCAACAUCCUUGGACUCCGCUUGUUGUCCGAGGAGGGGAGGGGGAAGCAGUACUUCAGCGAGAAGACUAACUUCAGGUUCUCCCCCUCAAGUGCCCCCCACCCGGUUCUUCUCCUCUUUAUCACCAUCAGGUUCUUCCCCUCAGGUACUCACAUCGGGUUCUUCCCAUCAGGUUCUCCCCCUCAGGUGCUCACCAUCGGAUUCACCUCAUCAGGUUCUCUCCCUCGGGUUAUCCUCCUCAGGUACUCCCUCUCAGGUACUCCCCAUCUGGUUCUCCCUAUCAAGAUUUCACCCUCUAUUUCUUUCUCAGGUUAA